UGUGUGUGUGUGUGUGUGUGUGUGUGUGUGUUUCUCCAUGUUGAGUGCAGGGUUUGGGUUGAGGGGGGCGGGGGGUCUCCACCUGCUGCCACCUGUUCAUCUCCUCCGUCUUAUAAAAGCUGCUGCCCUCCAGGGUCUCGGACCACAAACACCUUGAACUCUUCAGGCUCACUUUCUGGAAACACUCAUCAAAACCAGGACCUUCGCAGCGAGGAACCCCUCUGGAACUUUCCGAGCCGAGACWCUGGGAACGACUCGUUUAUCGGCUCGAUUCAGCCUGGCCAUGAAGUCCUGCCAAAACAGCUGCUCCGACUCCGGAUCCGAGUCCUCGGAGCCGGACUCCAAGACUCCGGAGAAAUACGAAGUGGCCACGAGGCGACGGAUGGCCGCCAACGCCAGGGAGAGGAAGAGGAUGCAGGGUCUGAACACGGCCUUCGACCGGCUACGUAAGGUGGUGCCCCAGUGGGGGCGGGACAAAAARCUGUCCAAGUACGAGACCCUGCAGAUGGCCCUCAGCUACAUCAUGGCCCUGAACCGGAUCCUGACGGACCCCAGGAGGCACGCSGCUCCUCACAGGCAGUGGCUGGACCUGCAGUUUGAGGUUCAGCCCGACUCCUGCCUCCUGAGGUACGACCACCCCACGGGACAGGACUUCGUUCAGUCCACGUUGUCGUACCACUUCGACCCGGUCCACUCGUGAACCGGCACCGUUUGAACAAUCAGUCAUGUUGUAGCACAAUGUGAACCGUCCCCACCGUUCUGGGCAGCAGUAAAUACGUUUGUAUUGCUUUAUUUUUGUAUUUAGCUUUAAAAAGACAAUCGGAGCAGAGUCUGUCGGUUUGUGAUUUUAUUUUUGUAAGAAAAAAAGUAUUUUUCAUAAAAAACUAGUUUAAAGUUGUGAAUGCUGACUCAGCACUAUUGUUUUCCUGUUUAUAGUUUCUGUCACUUUGUGCUCUUUUAAUCACACAAAUACAAAAAUGUUCAGCCUUUUUUUUUUGGAAGAAUGUGUU